GGACUGUGUACGGCGCCUUGGGCUCCACUGCAGGGAGCUUUGGGGAGAGCACGGGCGAUCUCUGCAGCCGAACCGAACCGUGGUGAGCGAAGGGCUGCUGUCCCCAGGCGGGGAGGAGUGGCCGGCCAUGAAUGCAGUGACCUAUGAUGAUGUGCAUGUUGACUUCACUCGGGAAGAGUGGGCUUUGCUGGAUCCUUCCCAGAAGAGGCUCUAUAAAGAUGUGAUGCUGGAGACCUACAGGAACCUCACUGUGAUAGGCUACAAUUGGGAAGACCAUAAUAUUGAAGAACAUUGUCAAAGUUCUAGAAGACAUGGAAGGUAAUUUUCAUCUGCAAGUGGAUACAAAUGUGCCUCUGAAGAAAAUUUAAUAUUCCUGGAAGUUUUAAAGAAAGCAGCAGUAUAAAUAAGCACAGUUUUAAGUGUAUUGAUAAUCAUUAAUUUCUCACAAAACCAUGUACUUCAAUGUCAGGGAGCUGGUUUGUGUUUGCAAGGCAUUCUUGUAAGAAAGAAGACAAGGAAACAACACUUUAACAGAUAUCACUAUUUUAAUCACAGCUCCAUGAUCACUAUGCUAUAGAACUACUAAUCUGUUUACUUGAUAUGAUUCAUAUAUUGCAAAGACAUACAUGUGGAGUAGGUGAUAAGUAUAUGUCCAAAAUCUUCUUAUAAGCAAAUUGUAAAGCUAGUGUUACUCAUAUACUUGUAAUGACUUUGCUAAGUUUAGUAAGCAGGGCAGUUUAUGAGACUCAAGAACAUUGUUGUGGAGAAACCUAAAUCCCUACACCACAUGUCUUUGAGGAACAAGAAGUCAAACUGUGUGAAUGCAAUUUGGAAACCAUUCAGUUGUUAUUUUUCCUUUCAUAGGUAUAUUAGAUGUCACAAUGGAUACAAGCCAUGUGAGCAUAGAGAUAUUUAAAGAAGCAAUGUACCUCUCUCUCUCUCCCAGAAUAAUUAAAAGAUGUAUAGUAGUCCCCACUUUAAGUAGACUUAUAGAAUGUGAUACAAGUUUGUGAUAAAUUGGUUUUCCAACUGCAUCAGGAAUACAUUAGUAAACUCAUACUGCACAAAAAAUCCCUAUGAGUAUUAGGAAUGUGGAAAUUCAUCUAUUUGUCCUGGUUCACUUUACAAAUGUAUUAUGACUCACACUAUAGGAAAAUUUAUGAAUGCAAUUAGUGUGGUAAAGCUCUGAAUUCUUCAAUUCACUUCAAAUAUGUGAAAAAACUCAUAUGGAAAAAGGAUGCUAUAAAUGUGAGCCAUGUAAUAAAGGCUCUUACCAUCACAGGUAUUUUCAAAAGUGCAAAACAACUUAUAAUGAAUGGGAAUACUCUAAAUGUAAAUAAAGUGAUAAAACUUUAA